GGCCAGGAGAGGAUCAAAUUUAUCAGAGCAGAUGUCUAUUUUAAGCUCGUCGUCGUCACCAGGUUUACUGUCUGUCUUUGGCUGCUCCGGUGCCGAUGCAGAGCUCGAACAAGUUUCCCGCUUGUGCCCCGGAACGUUUGUUCAGGCUGCUGAGGUGCCACUACGACAGAAUUCGUUGACGGACUGUACACAAACCAACGACCAUCUUAAUGCUGAUUGGAAAGGCCUGCAGAUUUGGUGGACGUGUUAGGUCUUGUGUUUUGACACCCUUGGCUCGUUUCUUUGUUAGUUCCAGCAACAUGGCCAAGAGCAAGUUUGAGUAUGUUCGCAACUUUGAAACAGAUGACACUUGUCUACGUAACUGCUACAUCGUUGUGAGACUGGAUGGUCGCAACUUCCACAAGUUUGCAGAGCAGCACAAGUUUACAAAACCCAAUGACAACAGGGCAUUGGGACUGAUGACCAGGAGUGCACGAUCUGUCAUGGAAGAACUUGAAGAUAUUGUAAUUGCGUAUGGUCAAAGCGAUGAGUUCAGUUUUGUUUUCAAGAGGACCUCCACUUGGUUCAAAAGAAGAGCCAGUAAGCUCAUGACCCAUGUAGCCUCCCAGUUCUCCUCCUCAUAUGUGUUUUACUGGAAGGAGUUCUUCGGAGAGCAGCCCCUACUAUACCCCCCAGGCUUUGAUGGCCGUGUGGUCCUCUAUCCUAGCAACCGUAACCUUAGGGACUACCUCAGUUGGAGGCAAGCGGACUGUCACAUAAAUAAUUUGUACAACACAGUGUUUUGGACAUUAGUGCUAAAAGGAGGGCUCACUACAACACAGGCAGAGGAUCGCUUAAAGGGAACAUUAGCUGCAGAUAAAAAUGAGAUCCUGUUCUCAGAGUUUGACAUCAACUACAACAAUGAAUCUGCCCUCCACAGGAAAGGCACGGCCCUGAUUUGGGAAAAGCGAGAUGAGACUGUCACUAAACGCAUGAAGCUACCAAACAAAGAGGAGAAGGACGUGGCGGUUACUCGUAGCAGGAGGCGGGUGGAGGCCUACCACUGUGACAUUAUCGGGGAGCAGUUCUGGGAGGAACAUCCAGACAUCCUGGAGGACGACAACUGCUAGCAGGAGAACAACUCUGGACUCGUCGAAAGGGAUUCAUUUUAGCAGCAGCUUGAUAUAGACUUUGUGUCAAACAACAGGUUACCCAUGAAGCUGAGUAUCCUUCAAAGAAGGUUUUCUAAAAUUUCUGACUUUGCACGAUGAAUCUCUCACAGCUGGAACAUAUUCUUACUUUUGUUUAUUAAACUUCUAUCAUAAUGCUUUUAA